AUGUCAAAAGAAGUUGUAAUCAUGGAGCAUAAUGUAAAUUAAAUAAAGCCAUCUUAUCAAAGAUGGUUAGUUUUAUUCUCUUAUUCAAUAAUUGCGUAAUAGAAAUUAAUAAAGCUAUAGAAUGGCUAAUGUUAUGCAAUUAGUUAGUUACAGUCCUAUUUGGGAAUAGGCAGCAAUAUAUUAUGGAAUCCAAUCACAAGACUUAUAAUGGAUAGGGAAUAUGUAUUAUAUCACAUUUUUUGUCUUGGCUCCAUUUUGCAUAAAGCCUUUAUUAGUAAGAUUGGAUAUAAGUAUGCAUUUAAUUGGGAUUAUCAGUGCAAUAGGGUAAGAUUUAUAGAAUAUAAAUUGAAAGGGCAUGGAUAAUAUGGAUUGGAGGAUAAUCAUAUUUAAUGACAAUGAUAGGUUUAUUUGUGAUUGGAAUUAGUGAUGCUAUGAUUUUAAUAGUCCCAGUUUGUAAUUUUAAUUGUAAAUAACAAAGUUCUCUCUGAAAAAUGGUUUACUGUAUAUGAGAGAUUAUUGGCAACUAGUUUAGGUAGUUUCUUUUAAUAUAUUGGAAUGGCAUUUGCAUAUGGAUUUUCUUCAUUUUAUUUUGAUAUUUUGGAUGAAUAGAGUAUUAUAAAUAGGAAAAUUGAUGAAAUGAAUUUGAUGAUUGCAAUAUUUAAUACAGUUGGAGCAGUUCUUCUUUUGAUGUUUUUUAGAAAUAGACCACCUCAUCCAGCUUCAAAUUCAGAUGUAUCAAUUAUAUUGGUAUUUAAAGAAUAUAGUUAAAGAUACUAUUUGGAAAUCUACAAUAAAGAUGCUUACAAUAGAGGAAUCUAUAAUUGAUUUAUUAUCUUUAGGAAUCUGUAAAUAUAUUAAAUUAUUAAAAGUUAUUGGAUUGGGUUGGGUGUACACAACUAUUAUAUCUUUUGAAUUGUAUCCUUUUGGUUAUACUCAAGUAAUUAAUUUAUUAGUAAAAAUUUAAAGGGAGAAGUUGCAAUUAAUGGAACAGUUUAUUAAAUAUCAGGAGUAGCUGUGGGUUUAUGGGCAUCAAUAAAAUUAGAUUCUUAAGCUAAAUAAGGAAAAUAACCUGAUUAUGAUAGAUAUAUUAAGAUUUUUACAAGCAUAGGAAUGAUCAGUUUGAUUUUAGAAGCAUUUAUCAUAGAAUAUUUAGAUUAUUGGAUGUUGAUUUUCAUUAAUUUUGCUAUGGGUGUUGGUCUUAAUUCUUUUUAUCCUAUAGCAAUAUAAUCAUAUAUUGAAAAACUAUACCCUGCAUCAGAAUUGGUUUUAGUUACUGGAUUGUUAUGUUUGGCAAAUGUAUGUUAUAUAAUUAAAUAUAUAAGAUGGUUGGAUUUGUAUUGAAUUACUUAAUUGUUUUACCAGAAUUUGAAUAAUUUGGAUUGUGGAUGGGAUGUUUAAUAAUAACUCCAGGGUAUUUAUAUAUCUUGUUAAAUUAUAAAACAAAAUAUAGAAGGUUUGAAUAAGAAAUUUGA